AUUUGCGGCUCAAGGACCUGAACAAACCGAACCGAAGAUUUUUCACCGAAGAUGCAAUGGAUCCACUGUGUGCUGGCCUUUCUUUCCUGUCUGGUUUCGUCAGAAACGGCCCCAAAGCUCUCGGCCGGAUCCAUCUGUGAUGAUUCGACCUUGCUCCAGACCGCCGCUAGGGCGCUGGUUCCAACGAGUUCAACGAGUUCAACGAGUUCGAGCAGUCAAAGUACUGCGAGUCCGACCACUUCCAUAGUUCCCAGCGAUUUCCGACCCCCAAACGCUGAAAUGCGUGCCACCUUAGCCGGUUUGAACUUUGCCUUGGCUCAGAGCAAGGAUUUUGUGGCUAAGAAAAUCAUUGAAGCGCCGCUGAUCCCGGGCCACACGGUGAGCUUGGGCUUCGGGAUUAACUUGGGCCUGGGCGACGUCUCCGCGCUGCACGCGCCAGUGAUCGAUUUUUCUGGCGCCACAUGGACUGAAGCGGGCCUAGAGGUUGAUGCGGAGAUUCGAAAUCUCAGUGUCAAGGGCAGUCUGAGAGUUUCGGCGCCGGAGUCUGAAGGCGAAGUUCACCUUCAUGGCGGUGGCUUGUUCCGAAUGGGUAUUAGUACUGCUGUGGAUGAGGGUCACUUGGUGGUGCGAGUGGUGAAAAUGGAUGCGAAACGGAUGGAUCUGGCACCAACCAUUGGCAUUUCAUGUGUACAUCAAGAUGUGUGGAAUUCGAUUCCCUGUGGAAUCAUUGGUGCAUUGAGUGGACAGGUGCCAAAGUGGCUGGUGGACACCUUUAUGUUCUUUUUUGAUUCGAACAUCGAGCAGAUGUUGAAGGCCAUCAUUGAAUACAAACUCAACGCAAACUUGGCCGGCAUCCCAACACAAUUCCCCUUGUCAUUUCAAAAUCAGAGGUCUCCAAAAUGUCUGGAGCUCGCCUUUCAUAUGCUUGGCUUAUCUGACUCAGACGAUGUGAAGGCUGCAUCCUUUCAGGUUUUGGCCAUUAACACCUGCGUCAAAAAAGACCGAUUUGCGGUUCCAGGCUUGGUACCUCCUGGCUAUGUGGCCAAUAGCGCCAUGUUUUCGCUGGCGGUGAGUGGCAGCGUCCCCAACAGCAUCCUCUUUGAAUUGCACGAGAACUUGAUGCUGACGCACCUUGUUCUUCCCAGUGAUCUGCCAGCUGACAGUGCCUUGGGGCUCGAUACCAAUAGCUUGGCAUUGGCCUUCUACUGCCCCUGGCUGAGCACCAAAUAUGCCUUCAAAUGUCCUGUUUGGAGCCCUUGCGGCGUUGAGGCCUUGAUCCAAACUGCGGGUGUUCCACACGUGGAGAUGCAGGAGGAGCUGCGGAUUCACGUGCCGCUCUCGGUGGAUUUUCGACUUCAGAAGGACAACAAGACUUCGGACUUUUCCGAGUUCUUGUGGCGGAUCAAUCUCACAGCUCAUGCUGCCUUCGAUACGUCCAUUGAUGGGGCUGGAUGUCAACAGUUGUUGACCGGACAUCUGGCAUCCUUGGAUGUGAGCUGGAUCGAUGUGACCAAAACGCAAGAUGACUCCUGGGUGGCCACGGCCCUGUCUUUGAACAUCUUAAUGCCGCUGCUGCUGAAGCCGCUGGAGAAUAUGAUCAACUCACAUCUUUCCAGAGGAGUGCCCCUGAAACCUCUGCCGGUUGGCCGUUCAUCGUAUGCCCUGGCGAAUUCUGUGGUGCGCUUCGCGGUGGGGAAGUUGAUCCUUUCGACUGAUGUGCUGUUGGCUGAGGAGUGCCACAAGUCGGCCACGUAGCAAAAAGCCAGGAGAUCCUGCCGCAGAUCUGAAAGGAAAGCGGGUAGCCACUGG